UUCAGUUUCUUACGUAAAAUCUCCUAAACGUCUUCUUCUACGGUUUAAUCACAAACCAAACAAACAAUAUGUCUUCGAACAAGAUUGUGUUGACAAGCUCUGAUGGCGAGUCUUUGGAAGUUGAAGAAGUGGUGGCGAGAAAAUUGCAGAUCGUAGGGCAAAUGAUUGAAAACUGCCCCGACAAAGCAAUCACGCUUCAAAACGUUACAGGAAAGAUCCUCGCCCUCGUCAUCGAGUAUUGCAAAAGACAUGUCGAUGAUGAUCAUGUAGCUGCUAGGGAGGAGAAGAAAAACCUCAAGGAUUGGGACGAAGAGUUCAUGAAGAAACUUGAUCUUGAUACGAUGUUGAAACUCAUUCAAGCUGCUAGCUAUCUCAGUGUCAACGGUGGUAGUCUUCUUGAACUCACUAGCCAGUCCAUUGCAGAUUUCAUCAACGAGAAGAAUGUAGAGGAAAUCCGAGAAAGCUUCGGUCUGGAGAGUGGUUACACAGCCGAAGAAGAAGAAGCGCUUCGUAACGAAAACGCUUGGGCUUUUGAAGAUCCAAAACCCUAGUUUUGUUUUUUUAAAGCCUAGCUUUUGGUUUUGUUUCUUUUCGUUUUCUUUUCCAAUAAAAGAUUUGAUAAAUGGCUUAUAUUUAUGUUUCUCAAGUGUGUGAUCAACUUUAUGGCUUAUGUUUUAUCUCCAUUCUAAGCUUAUUCGAUAGCUAUAUAUAAUCCAUAUCCCUCCGGUGAAUGAAGCUUGAGGAAUCGCAUAACAUGAUUUGGUGAAUUAAUGACUUAUAAGUUUUUGUUU